AUGGAGGAGUCGUCGAUGCAGCUCCGGGCUUCACAGGCCACGACUGACAAGGAGCACACCAAGUUGAAGAUCGAGGCUCUGAAGCGAACCCUGGAUAGCCACCUGCUGCGGCUGAACUCGAUUCUGAACGGGCCGGAGGUGAACUUCGAUCGCCUGGCCUCCGCGAUCCAGGGGCUGGAUGUGGAGCUCCGGGCGAAGCUGGCCGAGAGUGGCGACCUGCUCGAAGCAGCGCCUUCCGACGGCACCUAUGAGGUCCUGCGGAACAGCCUCAAUGAGACCCAGAAGCGCUGUAAGGAUCUAAACGAUGAAAUGCUUCGAGUGGCAGACGCUAACGAGGAGCUUCACAACACUUUGCGUUCUCUAAAGGCUACAAAUCGUCGGCUGGUGGAGGAGGUCCAGAAGCAAACCGAGGAGCUGUCCACCCUGACGCAGCAGCGGCUUGGGGAUAUGGAGAAGCUCUCGAAGCAAGAGGAGGCCUUCAGCCGGGAGAAGGCACGGGAGGGACUAGUGAAGGCAGCACCAUUGCCGGCCUGGAAACUACCUAUCAGCUACAACUGA